AUGGGUUUUCAAAUCACCCAACUGUGGAAGGCCCCUGAGGUCAACCCAAUCACCAGGAAGGCCAGGAGCAUCCCGAUGCUCAACCCCAUCGAUCUUCAUGGCCGUGUCUUUUUGUUCUCCUGGCUCGGUUUCAUGCUCGCCUUUUGGGCUUGGUACACCUUCCCUCCUUUGUUGACCGUCACCAUCAAGGAAGAUCUCCACCUGACACCGGCUCAAAUCGCCAACUCCAACAUCGUUUCUCUCUGCGCGACGCUCUUCCUCCGUUUCAUCACUGGCCCCCUUUGCGACAUGUACGGCCCCCGACGAGUCUAUGCCUACCUCAUUCUCAUCGGUUGCCUGCCCAUUGGCCUCGCUCCGCUUGUCAAGGAUGCCAACGGUCUUUAUGCCUCCCGCUUCUUCAUCGGAGUCCUGGGAGCUACUUUCGUCCCCUGCCAGGUUUGGUGCACUGGCUUUUUCGACAAGAACAUUGUUGGUACCGCGAACGCCCUCGCUGGCGGUUGGGGCAACGCUGGUGGAGGUAUCACUUACUUCAUCAUGCCGGCUGUCUUUGAUUCCCUAGUUGCCAACCAGGGCCUUACCCCUUCCAAGGCGUGGAGAGUCACCUUUGUCGUCCCACUCAUCUGCCUGAUUGCUUGUGGUAUCGGCAUGCUUCUUCUCUGCCCCGACACCCCGAUGGGAGAUUGGGAAGACCAGGCCCAGCAGAUUCGUAUGAACAUGGAGGCACACGGUCUCAGCAGUUCCGAUACCAUCCCUGGCGGUGCUCGUACCCCUGAACGCACCAACUCUGAUGAGGAGACCGGCACCGGGUCUGAGAAGGAUGUCAAGGUCGAUGACAACGAGCAUGCCAUCUCGCGCGGCGAAGCCCUCGAGAUUGCCAAGGGCGAGGUCGUUGUCAAGCCCAGCUGGAAAGAGGCCCUACCUGUCGUAUACUCGCCCCAGACCAUCUUCCACGUCGCUACCUACGCAUGCUCGUUCGGCGGUGAGCUCGCCAUCAACGCCAUCCUCAGCUCCUAUUUCAAGAAGAACUUCCCCCACCUCGACCAGACCAAGGCCAGCAACUACGCCGCCAUCUUCGGCUUCCUCAACUUUGUGAACCGACCAUUCGGCGGUGUCGUUGCGGACAUUCUGUACAACCGGUUCGGGCGCAACCUCUGGCUCAAGAAGGCUUGGAUCACGACGUGCGGUCUCUUGACAGGCGCACUGCUCAUCGUCAUCGGCCAGGUCAACCCGUCUGAGGCCAGCGGCAGCAACAUCGGCACCCUCGUCGGACUCAUCGUUCUCAUGGCCAUCUUCCACGAGGCCGGCAAUGGCGCGAACUUUGCGCUCGUCCCUCACGUCCACCCCUUUGCCAACGGAAUUUUGUCUGGCCUGACGGGAGGCGGCGGCAACCUCGGCGGCAUCAUCUUCGCCAUCAUCUUCCGGUUCAUGAACCAGGGCAAGGACUUUGCCAUGGGCUUCUGGGUCAUUGGCGUCAUCCACAUCGGCGUGAACCUGGCCGUGUGCUGGAUCCCGCCGCUGCCCCGGGGCCAGGUCGGCGGUCACUAG